GCGGCGCGCUCCGGAGGGACAACCGGGCUGGAGGUGUCCUACCCACUCGGCGGCCAGCACCUGCCCCCCCCGCGCCCGCCCUGAGCCCGCCCCGACUGCGCAGCCGGGGGCGCUCCCACCUCUCUCCCCCCGGGCCGGGGAGCCGGGGGGCAGCACCGGAGCCCGGGGGGAGCGCGGCCCCACCGGCCGGCCGGCCCGGGCUGGGGGUAGCUAGGACGGCCCCGGUCCAGGUGGAGGCCGCAGAGGGCCCAGGGCAAGCAGGGGCAGCGAUGAUUGGUCCUGACGGUGGCUGAGCCCCCAGCCCCUGGAAUAUGCAGCCCGGGGGAGCCCCAGGCAGCGGCGAGGACGAGGUGGCGGAGCGGGGCGGGAGGCAUGGUCUCCACCUACCGGGUGGCCGUGCUGGGGGCGCGAGGCGUGGGCAAGAGUGCCAUCGUGCGCCAGUUCCUGUACAACGAGUUCAGCGAGGUCUGUGUGCCCACCACCGCCCGCCGCCUCUACCUGCCUGCUGUCGUCAUGAACGGCCACGUGCACGACCUCCAGAUCCUCGACUUCCCGCCCAUCAGCGCCUUCCCUGUCAACACGCUGCAGGAGUGGGCAGACGCCUGCUGCAGGGGACUCCGGAGCGUCCACGCCUACAUCCUGGUCUACGACAUCUGCUGCUUUGACAGCUUUGAGUACGUCAAGACCAUCCGCCAGCAGAUCCUAGAGACGAGGGUGAUCGGCACCUCGGAGACGCCCAUCAUCAUCGUGGGCAACAAGAGGGACCUGCAGCGCGGACGCGUGAUCCCGCGCUGGAACGUGUCACACCUGGUGCGCAAGACCUGGAAGUGCGGCUACGUGGAGUGCUCGGCCAAGUACAACUGGCACAUCCUGCUGCUCUUCAGCGAGCUGCUCAAGAGCGUCGGCUGCGCCCGCUGCAAGCACGUGCACGCCGCCCUGCGCUUCCAGGGCGCGCUGCGCCGCAACCGCUGCGCCAUCAUGUGACGCCGCGCCCCGCCGGCCGCAGCCCCCGCAGGCCCGGGCGGGGAGGGGCAGGAAGAGAACUCCUGGACUGCCCGCGCAGCCACGCCCUCCCCGGGAGAGGCGGAGGGCGAGAGGGAGCUUCCCCUUAACUGCCCCGUCCUCCCGCCUUUCCCGCGUCUGUCUUCCUGGGACGGCCGCCUUUAGUGCUGUAGUUCGUGCAGAGCCCAGCCCGGCCCGGCCCCUAGGAGCGCCGCCGCCCCUGGGGCUUCGGGGUGAGCGCGUGACACGGAGGGCGGGGGUGGAGAGGUGCUGCCCUGGCCGGGCCCGCACCCGUCUCCUCCAGAGAGUGUGUCUGUCAUUGCUCCGCGUCUUCUUUUCCCGUGGCUGUCUGUCUGUCUGCCCAAGCGUCAGUUGGUCCUCAGCUGUCUUUCCCACCCUCGCCGCCUCCAGCUUCGUUCACAGGGCUCUCGUUUCAUCCAGCCCCUUGUCGCAGGUCCCGGCAGCUUCUUCGUGAGGCCAGCCUUCGGACCGUCAGCACCACCGGCACGGGGCGGAGCGAUGCGGGUGGCCCAGGGACCACAAUCGGGGUCCGAGGGUUGAGGUCCUGGAUGAGUCAGGGGGAGAAGGCAGAGCUCCCCCCGCUUCCAGGGAGACCUCCCCGCCCAACAGCCCCUAUAGACGCAACAAGCUACCUUCCAGCCUUAACUCGAUGGUCCGUCCCUGCCGGGUGCCCCUCACCCACUUCCUGACCCUAAAGUCAGAUCACCCCCUGGGUUCAACAUUUUUUUCUUGACCGAGUGUGGAGAGGGAAUGCCCCCAAAUGAUAGAUUUAUUUCCACGAUGCCAACUUCCAGCCCUCUGUCCCCUUCUGGGUUGAGUGGUCUGCCAGACUGGAGGAUG